AUUAAAAAUAAAAUCGCUUCCCUUGGGAUUUAUUGUUAUCAAUAGACAAAAUAAUAAACCUUUUUUUUUUCUCAUUCCGUUUAUCACAGGUCUUUCAGCUUUUAUAGGAUUCGAUUUUCCAAACAGAAAGAAACAGAAAACGUUUCCAAGCUAAACGAUCCCCUCUUUCCCUCCGCUAUUGUCGUAUCCUAGGUUUCCCAGUUUCUUCUAGUGCUAGAUUUAUUUGGUCAUGGCUGAUUCUGCGUUGGACGAUUCCCAUGACGACGACUUCUACAACGAUGAUACAGAUGAUGACUUGCAUCUACACAAAGGCAACAACAGCCAGGAAGAUGAUGAAGAUCACGACGAUGGUGACGAUGGGGUUGCGCUCGAAGAAGAUGCGACUGAUGAUUUUCGGAUGAUCCGCAAGAAUUGUACUGUUCUAACUGAAGCAGAUAUACGUCAGCGUGUAACUGAUACUGUUGCUGAAGUCUCCUCUGUCCUUUCUCUAUCGAAAACUGAAGCAGGUAUCUUACUCCUUCAUUUUAACUGGAGUGUUAGUAAUGUUUUUGAUGCAUGGUUUGCUGAUGAAAAACUAGCCCAUGAAAAGGCAGGCUUGUUUGUUAAACCAUUGGUCGAAUCACCUGAUCAUGGCGGUAAUAUGCUUUGUGAAAUCUGCUUUGAAUACUACACUUGUGAUGGGAUGAAGUCCACAAGAUGUGGACAUCCUUAUUGUAAUGAUUGCUGGAGUUCCUACAUUAAGAAAGCCAUUGGUGAUGGCCCUCAAAGUUUAUUGCUAAAGUGUCCCCACCCAUCUUGUCGUGCUGCUGUCGGCGAAGACAUGGUGGGUCUAUUUGCAUCCGAACAAGAGAAGAACAAGUAUUCUGGUUACUUUGUUAUGUCAUAUAUUGAAUCAAACAAGAUGACCAAGUGGUGUCCAGGUCCAGGCUGUGAAAACGCUGUCGACUUUGUCGCUGGGAGUGAAAGUUUCGACGUUUCUUGCCUUUGCUCCCAUUCCUUUUGCUGGAAUUGUACUCAAGAAGCUCAUCGUCCGGUGGACUGUGAAACCAUGUCAAAAUGGAUGUUAAAGAACAGCUCGGAGUCUGAGAAUGUGAAUUACAUACUAGCUUUUACCAAGCCUUGUCCCCAAUGCAAAAGGCCGAUUGAAAAAAACAUGGGGUGUUCGCAUAUGACGUGUAGGGCGCCUUGCUAUUUUGAGUUUUGCUGGCUCUGCCUUAAAGGUUGGAAAGGGCAUGACCUUUGUAAUCGUUUCAGGGAGAAACCGGAAGAGGAAAAAAGAGAGAAGGCCAAGAAAUACAUGAUGAAAUAUGCCCAUUACUUUGAACGCUGGGCGACCAAUAGGAAGUCGAUGAAAAAGGCUGCUGAUGACUUGCAAAAUGUGCAAUUGAAAGAGAUUGAGAUUGUCCGUCAUGUUCAAGAAAUAUCUGCGGCUGAAAUCAGUUUUAUAACAGAGGCUUGGCAACAGAUAAUUGAAUGUAGGAGGGUACUUGCAUGGACCUAUGCGUAUGGAUUUUACUUGCUGGACGAAUGCCAGGCUAAAAGGAACUUGUUUGAGUACUUGCAAGGUCAGGCCGAGUCUGGCUUGGAGAGGCUUCAUGAUUGUGCUGAAAAGGAGCUGCUGCCAUUCCUCAAACUCAAGCGCUCAACAAUGGAAUUCAUCGAGUUUCGUAAAAAGCUUGCUUUGCUCACUGGUGUCACUAGAAAUUACUUUGACAACUUGGUUACCGCUUUGCAGAAUGGACUGUCUGAUGUAAACCCUGGGGGUUCAUCAAGUGUUCCAAAGAAACCCAAGUUGAUUGGUUCAUCAAGUGUUCGAAAGAAAUGCAAGUUGAUUGGUUCAUCAAGUGUUCGAAAGAGACGCAAGUUGAUUUGGACUUUGGCUCUGACUCCGGCUGUUAUUGGAGCUCCUGACUUCAGUUCGAACAUUAGCGAUAACUCUGCCACUGGCACUGCCAUGGAACCAUGGGCUUGUGCUUAUUGUUCCUUCGAAAAUGAGGGUUCUUCAACAUUUUGUACAAUGUGCGAACGAGGUUCUUGGACUUGUGAUGUCUGCACUUUCGCCAAUUCCAGUGCCUCGACCACAUGCGCUAUGUGUUCAGCAACACUGGAGCCGUAGACUAGUCCAAAUGGCUGCAAGUUUAUUUUGUCUUUUCAUCAUUUGCUAGUUUCAUGCCUUUUUAGGUUGUAGUUCACAUAGAUGUUGCGCAGGGACGGAGACAAAGAACACAGAAAAUAAAAGGGCAUCCAUUGUCUUCAAGAAGCAUAAACUGAAACACAUCUCAACACUA